CGCUGCGGUAUCAGGCAGGAUGGGAUGCUCCACCAGCUCUCAAACGACAGCGGUUGAUACUACUCUACCCAAACCGGAGGAAAGUAACGGUGCCAGCACCACUGGAGCAGCCAAUGAGAAUGGAAAAGUAGCUGAAGACGCCGAAACUCUUCCAGAACAGGCGCCUGUAGAAGGCGGUGAUGUGAAGCCGGACAGUGAGCCUGCUGCAAUAGCCACGACUGCAGGCAGCACUUCUGCUAGCCCACCAGCAGGAGAGGAUUCUCCGCCCUCAGCAGAUAUUCCACCGGCAGAAGCACCACCAGCAAGCUCCUCAGAGUCUCCAGCUCCCGAGCAAGAAGCUGCUGCGGCGGAUUCAGAGCCAAAAGAGGAGGCGGCAGAUUCCAACAAGUGAAGCAUGGCAUUCCACUGAAAAACUCCCUCCCUCUUUCUGCGUGUGUGAGCGAUACAUGACUGUGCAUGAAUGUGAGUGUGUGUGUGUGUGAUAGACGCCGUCUUGUUGCCAAGAAGCUGACUCUGUGGUGAGCACCACGAGUCAGUUCUUCAGUCACCACUGUGCCUUUUUCCCCUGAAUGGAGUAAGCUGUACAUGGAUCUAUUGUGGGGGGUUUAUUUUGAUAAUAGCACAUUACCAUCUAAAACAAAAGAUUGGAUUAUCAAUAGAAAUGUCUAUUUAUUGUCUGAAUGUUAAAAUCCAAAGGUGUAUGUCACUUAAAGGGUUCCUUGAAGAGUUAUUUCUGACUUUUACUGUAUUUGAAUAAAAACCAAAGCCAACUUUUAUUUUCAUUAUGCUAGUUUUAGGUGGUGUGCUUUGAUUUGAUGAUUGUAUUUGUAAUAAGGAUACUCCAAAAAAAAGGUAAAA